CGGGUGCUCCGUGGGUGUACAAUGGACUUCUUCACAUCACUGACUGGCUGCCUACCCUACUCAGACUCGCCAACAACUCAUUUGCACUUACAGACCUUCCUAACAUAGAUGGCAUAGACCAGUGAUGUCCAUAAAGUCCAGCAAACCCAGCAAGCGAGACAGACUGGUGCAUCAGUUGUGGGAGGAACAAGCAGGUGUCAGGUUGGGCAAAUUCAAACUUGUUUAUUAUAAAGGUGGUCGAUGUUACGGUUGGCUCAAUCCUCCUCCUGGAGUUAUUACUGAUUUACCCGAGGAACUGCCUGACUGCACAGGGUACAUGCUGUUCGACUUGGAUGCCGACCCAAACGAAGCGACCGACCUGUCUAAGGACCCGAGGUUCGCGGAGGACCUGAAGGAGGUGAAACGCUUUUACAAGAGCGAACUGAAGAGAAGAGUCCCGCCUCAGAUCCCCAUCCUCAACCCCAACAUGCCCGCCUUUAGUGCAGACUGGGAACCCGGGUGGUGUGCAUCAGGAUAAAGACAAACUACACAGCAACAAAUCCUUUGUUUCUGUAAUCAGAGCGGUCUACUGGUCUGACCCAUCGUGUAACAGCGUGUUACAAGAUCGCAAUUAAACGAACAGCUCAUUGAGGAGC